UGCCACCUGUCAGUGUCCAUCAGUGCCACUGCCACGUGCCAGUGCCCAUCAGUGCCACAUCAAUGCCACCCAUCAGUGCCAGUCAGUGCCAACUAUCAAUGCCAAUCAGUGCCACCUAUCAGUGCUGCCAAUCAGUGCCACCUAUUAGUGCCAGUCAGUGCCACCUAUCAGUGCUAUAUAUCAGUGCCAUGUAUCAGUGCUGCCUUUCAGUGCCCAUCAGUGAUGCUUGUCAAUGCCCAUCAGUGCCACCUAUCAGUGUGCAUCAGUGCCACCUAUCAGUGCCAGUCAGUGCCGCCUAUCAGUGCCAGUCAGUGCCGCCU